UCGAUUUAAUGUGCUAAUUAUAAGACCUAUAAGUUCAAUAAAAGAUCCAUCAUAGUGGUUUUUGGCUACAUCAGGAGCUGGUUUUAAUAGGGCAAUAGUCGGUUACAGGUUAGCUGAACAGUUUACCUAACUAUUGUGCGACCUAAGUGUGUUAAAGCAGCAUUUGAGCAGCUGUUAGCUGUUCUUUAAACAACAACAUGGGGAAGAAGACGGGGAACGAAAAGGAGAAAGAGGACAAGGAAGCGUUUGAACCACUGUCUCUAGAGAGUAAAGCCCCAGCAACGGUGGUGUUGCUCUUAAGCUCUCAAGAGGAAGACAUUCUAGUAAAAGCAACUGAAGCAAUCCAAAAAUUUGCGGAGAAAGGAGAAGAGAACAAAGUUACACUGCUGGGAAUAGGAGCCCUUGGGCCUCUCUGCAAGCUUAUUGAUCACAGCAAUAAAGUGAUCAAACGCAAUGCCCUGAUGGCCGUGGGUAUUAUGGCCACCAAUGGUGAAGUUAGCGAUGCUCUGAAAAAAGAGGAUGUCAUUCCAUUGCUUUUACAAAAGCUCACACCUGAAGAGGAUGCUGUCGUGCAUGAGUUUGCAACACUGUGCCUUGCUUCUAUGGCAGUGGAUUUCACCUGCAGAGUCCAGAUCAACACCAACGAUGGUAUGCCACCUUUAAUCAAACUCCUCAGCAGCCCGGACCCAGAUGUCGCAAAGAACUCAUUGGAGAUCAUCUUCAACCUAGUUCAGGACCUCGAGAGCCUCGAGGUUCUGCAUGAGUUAGGCGCUAUCCCCCCUCUUCUGGAGCUGCUUAAGUCCGACUUUCCUGUCAUCCAGCAUUUGGCUUUACAGACAUUUCAGCGUGUCACUACCGAUUUGGAAACACGGAAGAUCUUCAGGGAGGAGCAGGGAUUUGAGAGGUUCUUGGAUCUUCUCGAUAACAUGGAGUUUAACGACCUACAUGCUGAGGUCUUGCAAACAGUGUCAAACUGUUUGGGUGAUAUUGAGACUCUUCAGCUCAUCCACAAUAGUGGGGGGCUUACAAGGCUGAUGGAGUUUAUCCUCGCACCAAGCAGUCCUGAAAUCCAGUGCAUUGCAAUCAAAUGCAUCACAAGGGCAGCUCAGAGUUCUGAAAGCCGCGACGUUCUCCAUGAGCAGGUGAUCGAGAGAGUUCUAGUAGAGCUUCUGUCUGCGGCUGAUGACAACGUGAAAGCUUCUGCCUGUCAGGCUAUCGCAGCCAUAAGCUUCCACCCUGGCAGCAAAGACCGCUUCAGAGAGUUGGAGGGCGUCCCCAUUGUGGUGCAGUUGCUGCAUAGUGAGAGCUCGGCACUGAGAGAGGCAGCGACACAGGCUCUCUCGAGCCUCACGCAUAAGAAUAAGGCCAAUGCGCUUGCAGUGCAUGAGGCAGGGGGCCAUGAGAUCCUCAUCCAGCAGCUCUCUGAAAGCUCUUCAAGCACAGUGGCCAGUUCUGCUGCCACUCUUUCUAAUAUGGCAGAACAGGAGAUCAUCAAGUCCAGCAUCCUGUUACAAGAAGGCAUACAGGCUCUGGUUGAACCCUUGGCGUCCACAGAUACACAGGUCCUGAAAUACACUGCCAUGUGUGUGGCACAGCUGGCCUGUGGCAACACAGAAAGGGAAAAGUUUCAGAAAGCUGGAGGUCUUGAACCCCUCGUCAAUCUGCUGUAUUCCAAUGACAAAGAGGUGCUGAAACAUGCGUGCUUUGCCGUGUACGCUUGCGCUGGGGAUACAUCUUGUGCUGUGAAGAUGUGCAGACUUGGGGCCCUGGAAAUACUUCAGGAAAUCAACCAGUCAGCAAACCGUAGGAGCAGUUUCAGCGAGUUGGCCAUGACCAGCCUGCUUAACUCCAACUUGCCUGUUAAAUACAACCGGACGCGACGUUUGAGCGCAAAUGACAUUAUUACGAGCGGCUUCUACGAUGCUGGGCAGGCUUGUGUGGGUCAGCCGUUUCUGACUUUGGAGGAGUUGAUAAGGCAGCCACUCAACCAGAAGCGGGAAAUUAUUGUUUUCAACAUCCCAAUAGAAGAGACAGUAGAUCUGGCAGAAGACAGAAAACCCAGCCCAACAGAAGCAGAAAUCGGCAUCAAGAAAGUACGAAUGCCACCAAAAAAGAAAAAAGAGAAAGACAAAGUCGACGAAGAGCCCCAAGAUAUUCUUCCAGACAAGUCACCAAUUAGUUUUGGGGAUGUCUCCCUGCAUAUGCUGAUUAAAGAGGCCAAAGAUACCGUCUUUCAACUGACAGAUGAACGAGAGCAGUAUGCGGCCUUGGCCAGGUUGGUGAGUGAGGCCAUGGGUGGAGCAGUGCCUCGGGAAAAGCUGCACGAAUUAGGCUGGGUGCUGCACCAAAGUCAGCUCAGGUUUCAACUCAAGUCGAAUGUUCUUCCCAUUGGUAUGAUAAACAAGGGAACCUACUGCCACAGAGCGCUUCUCUUCAAGUGUCUUGCCGAUACCAUCGGAAAGAGCUGCACUCUUGUUCGCGGUGAUUACAAUCGGGCCUGGAAUGAAGUUCUUCUCUUCAAGGUGGACCGUGAAAACCUAAGGUUUUCCAUGCCGUGCCGCUACAUAGUGGACCUUAUGCAUCGGCCUGGAACCUUACUGCCAAUUGAUUCCCCGGCAGCUCAGGAGUAUCAGAUUAUAUAGUUUCAUUGUGUUUCACUUACUUGUAUAAACAUUCAAUAUAUGCUAACCGAAUAAGAGAACCUUGUCUUAACAAUAAACUAUAAGUUACCUCUUC